UUACAGGUACAGGUUGGAAGUCUCUCAAGAACCUGUACGAGCAAGAAUGUGUGGUUUCGGGGACAAAGAUCGUCGUCCAAUAGAUCCGCCGCCCGUUGUUAGGCUUAUUGUGACAUCUACAGAUGGAACAUCCGUACCUGAAAGUUCUAUCGACCAUUCCAUGAUGAUCGUUCAUGCCGGUCUAUGGUCCGAAGAUUGCAAGGAAGAACAUAGCUUAGUAAUCAAUCCUUCAACCAUACCCACUCAAUCUGCCGGCCCUAGUUCAACCGUCAUGUCUCUGAAUACGCCUUCAAGCACACGAAAUCUUAUGGGACAUUGCACCUCGUCCGCGUAUGUGCUUAAUAAUCAUUCCGGUCAACAAGGGAUUUAUUUUAUAUUUCAAGACCUUUCUGUUCGUACUGAAGGCACCUUCACCUUGAAAUUCUCUUUUUGUAACGUUAAAGAGUUAAUGACUCA